CGCCCAAGCCUGGUCAAUUACUUUACGCCGCCCAAACUUCCUGAACUUUACCAAAUCGCCCCAACUUCUAAAAUACAUAUACGCCCCUAACUAUUCAUCAAAUUUUCAAUUUGAUGCCAUUGAAUUCCAAUAAAAUGGGAGAACAUCUCACCUGCACACCACCGUCGCCGUCGACGUUGCGGCUUCGGCCAUCAUCGCCGUCGUCCUUCUCCCCAUCUCCGAACCCCAACAAUCGCACUCCUCCAGAUCCUCUUCUUCUUCCUCGAGCAACGGUUCACCGUCUGCCGCCGCCUGGAGCUUCCCGCCGCCGCCAUCAUCUUCGACACCCCUCCUCGCGCCUCAAUUUGGAGGCCAGCGAUGGAUCGCCGAGACUCCUCAUCGUCUGGGAGGAUAAUCUCGCGGCCUCAUGGUCGCCAUCACCUCGUCUUCCCCUCUGUCGGCGCCAACUCCCGUCUGCGUGCAGACGAGCUCGCUGGUGGUCCCCGGUGCGGCCGCCGUCAUCGAGGCUCUGAACACCCUAUCACGACCCCGAACCAUCUUUCCUCCUCUUCUAUGUGAUCGUGUCCACUUCUUCGUAGUUUUGCCCGCACUUGUCUCUUCCUUGCUUGAGCUAAUUCUUUUCUCCCUGCCCAUACACUUGUCUCACGCUCCUUUGUUUGAGGAAAAUAGCACCGUUUCCAAACUUAAAACCUCUUGAUUUACACAGUCACUAACUCCAAUUAAAACCCCCAUUAAAACCAUUAACUUGUAAUUAAACAAAGCCCCAAAUUUAUUUAUUCUGUUAUAUCCAAAUUCCUGGUGAAACUCCAUCUCCGCUUCGUGUCCCACCGCUGCCGCUCUGCUUCAAUUUCCUUCCGUUUUGAGUUCCAGGGGAAGGAGAACGAUCCUUCUGUCUUCCCUUUCAGCCGAGUGGGCUUUAGCCCCAACCUCCUUCCUAUCUUAGCCCAACCACAAGUGACCCUAAGGCGCAUAAAUCUCCUCACUCAGCCACUCUGGCUAAGCCCAUCAUCUCCUCAAACUUCUAAUUAAAAAUAAGCAGACUUCAGCCCACUUGUUCCUCCUCUCUUCCUUAUUCGUCUCUUUGGGCCGGCAGCCCAACCCAGCUCUCUCUUUCCUCUCUUCUCAUCUUCUUCCCUUUUCGGGCCAAAGCCAAUUUUUUUUAUUUCACAAUCUGGCCAUUCACAACCCAGGCCCACUCCUCCUUCUCGGCCCAAACCAACCCAUAGCAACUAGUCACAAUUAAAAACAUUUGUAACCUUCUCGUUUUAUAUCGAAAUUUGUCACCGUUCAAACCGUUAGUUCACGAUUUGAGUCCUCUUAAAUGUAACGGUGGAAUUUGAUAAAUUUUACUGAGGGUAUAAGAGUCAUUUUGACUUUUGUAUAGAGCGGGGUGUAACAUCCACCACAAUCAAAGUAGCAGCUUCUUCCUUAAAAAUGAGAUGGUUCCGCUCGUUCCACACGUGCCAGCAAAUGGCAUGCAAAACACAAAAAUAGAGCCACUCCUUAACACCAGUAGGGGUCUCAGUGCGCCAUGAUUUAAUCACGUUCAUAAUGUCUCCAGAAGGGAUUCAAGCAUAAUCCGUUGCAGCUCCAAUGAUUCUCCAGACAUCCCGGAAAAAGUGCAGUUGAUGAUAAGGUGAUUAACGAACUCCUUAUUGAACUGGCAUAAGUACACCUAUUCACCAAAGACCAGCCUCGACGUUGAAGAUUAUCGAGGGAGAGGAUCUUCGUGUGCCAAACGAGCCACAUGAAACCACAUAUCUUCAUUGGAAUAAUGCUCUUCCAAACUAAACGGUAUGGAAAGCCCUCCACUCUGGGAAAAUGAUCCUCAUCUAGUGUUUUCCCCGUCGAGAAAAACUAGGUGGAACAGAAUUGGAUUUGCACCUUUGACUUCUUACAAAUGAUUAAAUAACACAGUCCACACCUCUUUGAACAAAGUUAAAACAAGGGUGUUCGAUGUUCUUGAUGAUCUACGAGACAAAGCUAAAUUACAUUAAUCUACUCCUAUGGAGGUUCAGCGAGAGCUCCGCAACUACAACUAUGGCUAUGACUACAUUUGCAGAGGAAAAGAUAAAAAGAUAGAUUUGAC